AUGGCGACUCCCGGCCCUGUGAUUCCGGAGGUCCCCUUUGAACCAUCGAAGCCUCCAGUCAUUGAGGGGCUUAGCCCCACUGUUUACAGGAAUCCAGAGAGUUUCAAGGAAAAGUUCCUUCGCAAGACCCGCGAGAACCCGGUGGUACCCAUAGGUUGCCUGGCCACGGCGGCCGCCCUCACCUACGGCCUCUACUCCUUCCACCGGGGCAACAGCCAGCGCUCUCAGCUCAUGAUGCGCACCCGGAUCGCCGCCCAGGGUUUCACGGUCGCAGCCAUCUUGCUGGGUCUAGCUGUCACCGCUAUGAAGUCUCGACCCUAAGCCCAGGGUCUGGCCUUGAAAGCUCCGCAGAAAUGAUUCCAAAACCCAGGGAGCAACCACUGGCCCUACCGUGGGACUUACUCUCUCCUCUCCUUUGAGAGGCCCGUGUGUCGCUGGGGGAGGAAGUGACCCUUUGUAUAACUGAAAGUUUUUUCAAAAAUCCUAGAUGCUGUUGUUUGAAUGUUACAUACUUCUAUUUGUGCCACAUCUCCCCUCCACUCCCCUGCUUAAUAAACUCUAAAAAUCCACUUGUAUUUAA